AUAUUUAAGUAGAUGUUUGAAUUCUCUGGUCUAGGGGUGUGCAUCAGUUGCAACAUCGAGACUGGAAUUCUCUUGCGGCCGGAAACCCCCCAAACCUUAUCUUAACAUUGUGACAACAUAGUAACUGCGCUGUAGCCUACACAUUUAUUUUCUUUCGUAAGAAACGCUGAAUAAACAAUAGCUUCCACGAUGAAUCCGGACAAAGCUAGCCCGUUCCCCUCUACCCUCACGGAGUCCCCGGGUCAAACGCCUCCCCGGACCGCUUUACUGCUGCGUCUGGUCGACUGCAGGAAAACACCGGGGCAGAGUGGAACUGAGACAGGAGAAAAGAAGGAAGAUGGAGAUUGGAUUUCAUUAAGGUACAGCCCAAACCGUUGCUCUCUCAGUGGGAGGGGCUUAUCAUCUGGAGAUCCUAAACAACAACGUGAUGCUGACAAGACGUCUCUCCAGAAGAGUCUCUUCAGAUCAGAACGUCUCAAUAGCUGUGAUCAGUGUGGGAAGAGCUUCCAACAAUCACACCUGAUUACACACCAACGCACACACACAGGAGAGAAGCCUUACAGCUGUGAUCUAUGUGGGAAGAGCUUCAAACAAUCACAACACCUGAUUACACACCAACGCGUCUUGGAGUAG